UUGCUGCCUGCGCCGGUACCACAAAUCCUGUGUUCAGCCAUCCACCCUGGAGACUUAUGUUUGGGCGGCUUGCCUGGAUUGAGGACCUACUCUAAUGUUCCAAAAAAUAUUGUUCUUUACCUAUAAAACAAAAUAAAAAUUUUGUAAUAUGCUAUCUAAAAUCACUUUGGUGGAAGAGACUCAUUAUUAUUAGUAAUAUAAUUAUUUAUUCAUUUUCUAAUGCUCGCUUUUUUCAUCUGAGGAAAGAAAAAGCAAUUUAGCGUAAACAAAGUCCAAGCACUUUUGCUGGAUAGCCCACAUAGGAACAAAUUCAUUUUCCCAUGAAGGGCAUUUCUAGGGGCCAAGCGUACAAUGUCAUGUGUUAAUAUCGUGCAUUUCAUACCGCAGCACUUUUCCAAAGCCAUUUAGCUGGAUCCACCUGAACAAUUGACUGAGGGAUUGACUACAGAAAGUCUGGUUACUGUGUCAGCCAAGGACAUACUAUGUGGUUUAAAGCCAUUUGUUUUAGCACUAUUUUCAUACUCCACAACUGUAACGGCGGUAUUCCACAUCAAGCCUCCAACAAGGGCAGCAAAGGCAGGAUUUAUGGACCACAGCUACUACCACUACUGGAGGAGGCUUCAGUACAAGCUGCGGGUACAGUAUAUUCUCGAGCAGUCAACUGGCAGGACCAGCCAAAAUCCCCUGGCAUCUCACAUCCAGCGUGCCAUUGCCAAGGAGAAUGCGUGGACUUCCAACAUGCCCUCCGUGGACAGUGUUCUGCUGGCGUGGGUGCCCUGCCAUGAGUCAUUGGCUGCAGAGAAUGAUCCUGUGAUCAUUGCCUCCGUGGUCCAGCAGAAUUCAAAAGGGCUGGCCAUUAAGAGCUUUGAGUGGAAAGGUAAAGGGGUCACUGCCACCAUGGAGUUCAAGAGGAACCAGGUAGUGUGUGACUACCACGGUGAAGUGGUCUCCAAGCAGGAAGGGGAGCGGAGGCUGGAGACCCUCACCGGGGAGCCGUCAUACCUGUUUUUCUUUAAUGGCAAGACUUAUGGGAGGAGGAUGAACCAUUCCCGCAACAAAAACAAUGUGCGGCCUCAGAGAGUUUCUUUAAAAUUUCUGGAUGGUCCCAGGGAAUGCGUUCUCUUCUUCGCUCUGUGGGACAUUGCCGUCAGUGAGGAGCUCCUGUGGGAUUACGGGGUUCGCAGAUCAUCAUUCCAAGGAGAAGGGUGGGAUCUUUCUUGGCUUGAUGACUGACUUGGCGCAGAGCUGGCAUCAUGUAGCCCUUCUUUUCAACAUCUCCUUGUCACACAAAUACAUUUCCCCAAUGCAUGAAUGUAAAUACUGUAUCAAAAAUAAAACAAAGAAAGAGUGUUGCAUUGCAUACUGUAAAUACGAAAUAAAGUGGGUCAUUCGCUUUCAAUGCAUCUCAGCAUGUGUGCUUCCUUACUUUACUGUUAAGUAAUCAACUUCCAUUUAAUAAUGUGUAAAAAUAAUAUGAAAACUUUUAUAGAGCACUGAAUACCAUUAUUUCACUGCAGUUUUGGCCAAAGACUGCAUUUUGGCAAAAUCAUUAAUCAAUUAUAAUAAGAUUUUUAAUUGGCUUCCAGAGUAUUUUUGGCAAAGCCCAAUACUUUCUGCAGACUUACCCUAUAGUCAGGGUCUCAUGUUGUCCACCAGAGGGCAGCAAAGACUUAGUCAUGUGACACAUGAGCGCUCGUCUCUGACCUUAUGUUAAAGGCGCUCUAAGCGAUUUGACGCGUUUUUAGGCCCAAUUUUUUUUUUGUCACGUACAGCAAAC